AUGUUGCAGGAUGUGGACAGUGAAAAGAUGAAGGAGCUGAAGGCUGUCAGGGAGAAGCUAGAGCAAAUAAAAGACGAGGAACAAGCUGGCCCAGGAUUUAGCAAGGAAGAAACGGAAGCGCUGGAGGAAUGGCAGCGAGAAGUUGCGCGGCUAGAGGAAUCACGACUAAGGGACUUGGAUGGACAUAUGAACGAUGCUUCGGGAGGAAUGUCAGAUAUCGAGACCGAAUCGCAGCUCAUCGAUCGUUUUGCGCCAGCCGAUCAUAUAUCCAUGGAUACCGAUAGUGCCGAAAUGGAACAUAGAGGCGAGGACCAGGCAGCAUCACCGAGCAAAUUUGUUGCUUCAGCCGAUUUUCAGAUGGUUCCGGAACCAGAAGAUAUACAAACGAGGCUAGUUGCCAGCAUACAGGUACAGAUGCCGAAAUUUCUUUUUCCCUACUUUUUUCCCUUUAUGCGUUUUUGCUGGGCAGCACUAUAG